AUGCCGACGCACACGGAGCCCGUUGCCGCAGGGGCCAAGGGCCGCAGCCGUUCGCCGCGGAGGGCGGCCGUGGCGGAGCCCGAGAUGAUGGAUGGUCACAGCGGCAAGGAGAUAUUCGAAGACAGGAGCUGCAAGACGGGCUUCACUUACGACGACCUCAUCUGCCUGCCCGGGCAGAUCAGCUUCGGCGUUCAUGAAGUUGUUUUGGAAUCUAGCUUCACGAAGAUGAUCAAGCUGAAGACUCCGAUUGUCUCCAGCCCGAUGGACACCGUCACCGAGCACAAGAUGGCGAUCGGCAUGGCACUGGAAGGGGGCAUCGGCGUCAUCCACAACAACUUGACGAUCCAGGAGCAGGCGAGCGAGGUAAGCAUGGUAAAGAAAUACAAGAGCGGAUUCAUUACGGACCCUGUCUGCAUUCAGCCCACGAUGUUGCUGUCGGAUAUCGACAAGCUGGCGGCGUCUUGCGGCUUCACAGGCUUCCCCGUGACGGACGACGGAAAGAUGAACUCGCGGCUGUUGGGCCUUGUCACUCGCAGGGACACGGACUUCGUCAAGAACAGGGCUAGCAUAACAGCGAGCCAAAUCAUGACGGACUUCAAGGAUCUGGUGACUGCUCGGGAGGGCGUUGGGUCGCAGGCCGCGAACGAGAUUAUCCACAAGACCAAGAAGGGUAAGCUGCCCAUCGUGAGCGAGGACGGUCGUCUCGUCGCCCUCAUUGCCCGCACGGACCUGAAGAAGAGCGCGGAGUUCCCCCUCGCCACCAAGGACGCCAAGGGCCAGCUCCGCGUAGCUGCGAGCAUCGGCACCCGCCCCUGCGACCGCGACCGGGCCAGGGCCUUGGUGGAUGCGGGCGUGGACGCUAUCGUCGUCGACAGCAGCCAGGGCGACAGCCAUUUUCAGCACGACAUCAUCAGGUGGAUGAAGCAGGAGUUUCCUGACCUCCAGGUGGUCGGUGGCAACGUGGUCACGAAGAGGCAGGCCAAGCACCUCAUCGACUGCGGCGUUGACGGCCUCCGCGUCGGCAUGGGCAUCGGCUCCAUCUGCACCACGCAGGAGGUCUGCGCGUGCGGCCGGGCGCAGGCCUCUGCGGUGUACAACGUUGCGAAGAUCGCGAAGCAGCACGGGGUGCCCAUCAUCGCGGACGGCGGCAUCGGCAGCCCCGGCCACAUCGUGAAGGCCUUCUGCUUGGGCGCCAGCGCCGUCAUGUGUGGUAGCCUCCUGGCCGGCACCGAGGAAUCCCCCGGCGAGUACUUCUUCGCGGAGGGUGGCCAGCGCUUGAAGAGGUACCGCGGAAUGGGCUCCCUGGAGGCUAUGAAGAAGGGCUCCGACGACCGCUACUUUGGCAGCUCGAGCGUCGUCAAGGUCGCUCAGGGCGUCUCGGGUAGCGUGCAGGACAAAGGCUCGCUGCGCAGGUAUGUGCCCUACUUGGUUCAAGGCCUACAGCAUGGCCUACAGGACAUCGGCUCCAAGAGCGUCGAAGAUCUCCGCGAGCAGCUCUACAGCGGCCGCCUGCGCUUUGAGCUCCGCAGUGCGGCCGCACAGCGCGAAGGCGGCGUCCAUGGCUUACACAGCUUUGAGCGGAAGCUCUUCGGCUGA